AUGGGCUGCGGGGGGGGAGGGAGCGGAACGGGGGGAAACCGGGACACCCCCCCCCCUCAGCCCGAUACCGGCCGCCGCUCUCCUCCCGCCCACUGGGGCCGCUCGCUCCGCCCGGGCGUUCGUCUCGUUGGUGCGAUGGCGGCGCUGGGGUCCCUGCCGGUCCCGGGGAUCUUCAGCACCAUGGAAGAGGGGCCGAGGCUCGGGGGGGCCGCACCGGGGGAGGCAUGGCUGGAGACUCACGGCCGGGCCCUGGGGCACUUCGUGGCCGGGACGUGGCUGAAGCCGCCGGGACGGGGGAGGCUGGAGUGCCGGGAGGCUGCCAGCGGGCGGCUGCUGGCGACGGUGCCGCGCGGGGAGGAGGCCGACCUGGAGGCCGCUGUGGAUGCGGCGGCGGCGGCAGCGGUGAAAUGGGGGCGACUGGGGGGGCCCCAGCGGGCCCAGCACCUGCAGCGGCUGGCGGCAGCACUGGAGCGGGGGGCUGCGGGGGUGGGGGCCGUGGCUGCUCUCUCAGGGGGGCGGCCGCUGGCACAGACCCUCGGGGCCGACCUGGAACUGGGGCUGCAGCUGCUGCGGGGGCCGGCAGGGUGGGCCCAGCUCGGCCCCCCCGGCCUGGGCAGCUGGGAUCCCCUUGGCGUGGUGGCUAUUGUCGUGUCGGGUCCCUGCUCGCUGGCGGCGCUGCUCUGGAAGCUGGGACCCCUCCUGGCCAUGGGCAACGCGGCGCUGGUGCUGCCGUCGGCCGAGGCCCCGCUGCUGCCGCUGCUGGUGGCGGAGCUGUGUGGGGCGGGGGGGGCUCUGCCCCCUGGGCUGCUCAACGUGGUGACGGGGACCCCCAGCCUGCGCCGCGCCCUCCGUGCCCACCCCCGCCUCGCUGCCGUCACCUUCCUCGGUGCCCACCAGGAGGAGGUGCAGGACGUGGCCUGGGGGUCCCCAUGCUGGGGACCACGGCUGGGAAGGGCCCGGGGGGGCCGGGUUGUCGUCAUCGUCCUCGACUCGGCCGACCUGGACAGUGCAGCUGCCGCCAUCGUGGGGAGCGUGGGGACCCCCCCAGCACUAUUCCCGUGGGGGGGCUGCGUGGUGCUGGCGCAGGAGGGUGGUGCACCGCUGGAACGGCGCCUCCGGGCCAGGCUGGCGGGGCUGCGGGUCGGGGACCUGGACCCCGGCACUGAUGUGGGGCCACUGCCCCCAGCCACCCCCCCAGAGGCGCUGGUGCAAGCAGCACGUGAGGAGGGCCCCCAGGUUUUCCAGCUGCCGGUGACGCUGCCCCCGGGGGGCCGCUUCUACCCCCCGACCCUGAUCACGGGGGUAGCCCCCACCUCACGCUGCCUCCGAGAGCUGGUGCCGGGGCCCGUGCUGGUGCUGCUGCCCGUGCGCUCCCCGGGGGAGGCCGUCACCGUGGCCUCGGGGCUGCCCCACGCAGCUGCCGGCGCCGUCUGGGCCCAGGACGUGACCCUUGCCCUUGACACAGCCGACAGGCUGCCCCUGGGGCUGGUGUGGCUCAACGCGCUCGACCCGCUGGACCUGGUGGGGGGCUGCACCGGGGGGGCCGGCGCCAGCCUGGAGACACUGCGAGAGUUCGGGCGCCCCCCCUGGAACCCCCCCUGGGGCCAGGGGUCACUCCUGAGACCCUCCUGGACCAGGAGGUCAGAUCCCGUUCGGGGGGGCCCGUGGUGGCCCCCACCUCGUGACAUCGCUGCAGCCGUGGAGGCUGCCCGCCGCGGUGCCCUGGGGUGGGGGUCUCAGCCGGGGCCGGCGCGGGCCGUGCUGUUGGAGGCGGCGGCGGCGCUGGGGGGGGGCAGCCCCGAGGGACCCCCCGGGAGCGACGGUGACGACAGCGACGGGCGGCUGAGGGGGUGGCUGCUGCGGUGGGCAGCGCGGGCGGAGCUGGUGGGCGGGGCCGUGCAGGAGCGGCCCGGGGGGCGGGCCCUGGUGACGCGCAGGCCGCUGGGGGUGGUGGGCGUGGCCUGGAGCGGGCCGCGCCCCUGCCGCGCGCUGGAGCUCCUCCCCCCCGCGCUGGCGCUCGGCAACGGCCUGGUGGUGGUGCCCCCUAGCGGCGUCGGUCCCGCUCUGCGCCUGCGCCAGGCGCUGGUGGGUGCGGGGCUCCCGGGGGGGGCCCUGACGGUCCUGCCAGGGGGGCCCAGGGGCGACGGGGCGACGCUGGCGCAACACCACCCUGAUGGGCUGUGGCUCUGCGGGGGGGCACGGUGAGACCCCGACUGGGCUUCGGCCGGGAGUGUUGCCCACGUGUGGGUCCCAGGAGGGAUCCUGGGGGGGCCGGGGCAGGAGCCCCCCCCCGGCGCUGAGCAGGAGCUGGAGCUGCGUUGCACCCGCCCCCGCUGCCUCUGGGUGCCGGGGGGGUGA